AUGGUUGGAUUUUUGUUCAUUGAAAACUCUCCUGAUGACAAAUCGGCGUUAAGUAGCAGUCGGCCAAAUUCGUCGUCUGUGCAACAACUUCAUACUUUGCAUUUCAACCGUACGACUUAUUUGCUUACAUACGCUGUGGUAGUUCUGUUACACUUUUUGGAAGAAAACAUGUCGAAGACUAAAAUAAUCGGAAUUCUGGGGACCGGUGAUUAUGGAAGAGCUCUUGCAAAACGACUCCUGCGCAGCGGUUAUCAAGUGAUAAUGGGUAGCCGUGACCCGGAUCACCAACGGGUGACUAGUAUUGACGAAGAACUGAAGCCGGUCAAAUAUUUGCUUACAUACGCUGUGGUAGUUCUGUUACAUUUUUUGGAAGAAAACAUGCCGAAGACUAAAAUGAUCGGAAUUCUGGGGACCGGUGAUUAUGGAAGAGCUCUUGCAAAACGACUCCUGCGCAGCGGUUAUCAAGUGAUAAUGGGUAGUCGUGACCCGGAUCACCAACGGGUGACUAGUAUUGACGAAGAACUGAAGCCGGUCAAACCGAUAACCGUUACACCAUUCUCUCAUUCUCUCUUUUUCACUCUCUCUCUCUCUCUCACUCUCUUUCUUUCUCUCUCUUUCUCGCUUUCUUACUUUCUUUCUCUCGCUCGCUCUUUCUUUGUUUUCCUCCGUCUUUCUCCCUCUUUUUCUUUCUUUCUUUCUUUCUUUCUUUUUUCUUGCAUUCUCUCUGUCUUUCUUUCUCUCUCUCUUUCUUUCGCUCUCGCUUUCUUUCUCUCUCUUUCUUAUCUUCUCUUUCUUUUUCUCUAUAUUUUUCUUUCUUUUUUCUCUCACUUUCUUUCUCUUCCUUUCUCCCUCUCGCUUUUUUCUUUCUUUCUUUCUUUCUUUCUUUCUUUCUUUCUUUCUCCAAGCCUUUCUCUCUUUCUUUCUUCCUCUCUCUCUUUCUCUCUAUCUCUCUUUCUCUCUCUCGCUCUCUUUCUUUCUUUAUCUCUCUCGCUCUCUAUCUUUCUUUAUCUCUCUCUCUUUAGCCCUCUCUCACUUUAUAACUCUCUCUCUCCCUCUUACUUUCUUUCACUCUAUUUCUCCCUCUCUUUCUCCAGCUCUUUCUCGUACUCAUUCUGA